GUGAACCAGGGGAACAUGCCGGGCAUCCAGAGCACCUUCCUGGCCAUGGACACCGAGGAGGGCGUGGAGGUGGUGUGGAACGAGCUGCUCUUCACCGACAGGAAAGCCUUCAAAGCACACGAGGAGAAGAUCAAGACCAUGUUUGAGCAGCUGGUGCUUGUGGAUCACCCCAACAUCGUCAAGCUCCACAAAUACUGGCUGGACGUGAAGGACUCGAAAGCACGGGUCAUCUUCAUCACAGAAUACGUGUCCUCAGGGAGCCUGAAACAGUUCCUGAAGAAAACCAAGAAAAACCACAAGGCCAUGAAUGCCAGGGCCUGGAAGCGCUGGUGCACCCAGAUCCUGUCGGCUCUCAGCUUCCUGCACUCCUGCGAGCCUCCCAUCAUCCACGGCAACCUGACCAGCGACACCAUCUUCAUCCAGCACAAUGGGCUCAUCAAGAUCGGCUCAGUCUGGCACAGGGUGUUUGCCAGCGGUGAGUGUCCCUCUGACCUGCGAAGCCCCAUCAGGACUGAGCGGGAAGAGCUCCGCAACUUGCAUUUCUUUCCCCCGGAGUACGGCCAAAAGGCCGACGGGACCGCUGUGGACAUCUUCUCCUUCGGGAUGUGCGCACUGGAGAUGGCAGUGCUGGAGAUCCAGACCAAUGGGGACACGCGGGUCUCGGAGGAGGCGAUCAUGCGGGCACGACAUUCUCUGGACGAUCCCAACAUGCGAGAGUUCAUCCUGUCGUGUCUCACCCUCAAUCCGGACAAGCGACCGACAGCGAACAGCCUGCUUUUCCACCGGGUGCUCUUCGAGGUCCAUUCCCUCAAGCUGCUGGCAGCACACUGCUUCAUCAACAACCAGUAUCUGAUGCCAGAGAACGUGGUGGAAGAGAAGAUAAAGGAACUAGACCUGAACAUGGUGAUGGCAGAGAUCCGGAGAGAGGGUCGUCCUGGAGCACAGUGGAGGUACUCAGAGGUCUCCUUUCUUGAACUCGACAAAUUCUUAGAAGACGUCAGGAAUGGGAUUUAUCCCCUGAUGAACUUCGCUGUCUCCAGACCCCACGCCCUCCCCCGUGUGCUCUCCCAGCCCCAGGAGGACCCUCAGAAAGCCAAGACUCCCACCCCAGAGCCUUUUGAUGUGGAGACCAGGAAG